ACCGAAACUCGGGACAAUUAGUCUAAAGAGUCAGAUUUAAACCUCAUCCUCAGCGAGUCAAUUCCUCACUCAUUCAACCCCAUGUAUGGUUUUGAUCCAUGGUCCUAAUCCAAAUGUAUCCUCAAACCACCUCACAACCUCCGAUUCUCCCCAUAAUACCGCAAGAACUAGAACCCUUCCUACUCCUCCUCAGCGACCCAGCCGGCUUACCAAUAUGCCGCAUCUGUCAAGCCGCCCUCCUCCCCAAAAGCACAACAGACCACCUCCGAAAACAGCACCACCUGCCCGCCUCCCUCCGUCCCUCCCUCAGACACCUCCUCUCCACCCUCUCCCCGCUAGAAUUCUCCGACAUCCCGCCCAGACCCGAGGAUUCCUGCCCAGUGCCAGAAUUGAAAAUCGUAGACGCGUUUCAGUGCAAGCGUUGUGAUUUCAUUAGACGGGAUCUGACGGAUGUGAGGAGACAUCUUAAUCAGGAGCAUGGGAUGAGUGCUAAAGAUGGGUACGAGGAGAUUCAGGCGCAGUCGUGGUUUGGGGGCCGGUGGGCGGUUUAUUGGAGGGUGGAUGUUAGGAAGGCGGAGUUGAGGAUGAAGGGGCCUCCUUGUAUUUGGGGAUUGUUUGGUGCGGGGUGGGGGGAUAAGAAGCCGACGACUUGGGAGAAGAUGGAGGAUGAGGCAAUGGCUUAUGAAGAUUGGGAGAAAAAGACUAGCGAGGCUGGUUGCUGAUGGCUGCUGUUUUGAGCUUGAAGAUAGAGAGGAGGUAAAUAUGGUGAAUAUCCCGCUGUGUGAGAGGGACGUCAUGGAUUACCAAACAGAGAGUCCUUUGGAUCUAGAAUGAAAAUGUUCAAC